AUGGAUGACCAUUCAACAAUGUCCAGACCAUUUGCCUGCCAAGUGUGUGGCAAAUGUUUCACCCGCAAAACCAACCUUCAAUCACACAUGCUCACGCACACAGGUGAGCGGCCAUUCGACUGUAAAGUCUGUGGUAGGAAAUUCUCUCGUAACACAAACCUACAGUCCCAUUUACGGAUACACACAGGAGAGAAACCUUUCUUUUGUUCCAUCUGUAAAAAGGGAUUUGCACGAAACACAAAUUUCCAAAUGCACCUUCGCAUCCACACAGGUGAACGUCCUUUCCAAUGUCCUAUCUGUCAAAAGAACUUCAUUGCCAACAUACGCUUGCAGAGACAUAUGAGAAUUCAUGAUGAUGCAGAACAAAAAUCAUCAGCCAAUGAAGAAGACGUGUUUGUGCCCAAUGAAUAUGAGCAGUGCUUGGAAGGAAAGUGUGGUCGUCUCACCAUACUACAGAGGUUCCAUCAGUGA